GAUCCCAACCCCUUCCUGAGCCCCUCCAUGGAGCCCGAUGCAUUGCUGCGCAGCGCGGUCCCCCCCCUACCCAGUAAGGAGCAGGGCAGGCUGGGCCCCUCGGUCCGGAGCCUCGCCCCGCUCCACUUCCCCUCCGAGCUGCUUCCCUUCGACGAGGCUCUGAGGGACGUGUGCACCAUCCGGCCCCUGAUGGAGGGGGAUGUGGUGGCCCGACAUGGCAGCCAGCUCCUGGAGAUCAAAGUUGCUGAGCGGAGAGAACUGGAGAAGCAGAUGAAGAUAGAGAACCUUUUUGUGACGUGGCAGCAGAGGUCGGCACAGUCCAACAUGCCCAUUUCAGGUGCAGAUUUGGAGACCCUGAAGCACUCGUCCAGGCUGGUCCACUACUGUGCCACCCCCCUCCUCUUCGACCCCACCUUCAGGAAGCAGAUCCAAGAGGAGCAGAUUGUUCAGCCUCCAGUGAAGAAACGCCAUCGCUCCAACGACUCCACGGCGUCGGGCCGGGACCGCAGCUACAGCACGGACUCUGCCGACAUGCUGCCCAGCCGCCUGAAGGAGGAGGCCUGGCUGCAGGACAUCUCCAGCACCUUCUUGCAGCAGUACGUCCAGUACCUGCAAAGCAUGGGCUUCAUCCUGGUGCAGGUCCGACCGCAGUCUCCAGCGCGCAGCAUCGCCCGGGCUCGUGCUUCUAUGCUGAACUCUAUGUCCACAGAAGGGAGGAUGUCUUUCUCUUACGUAAAGCAGAAGAGCGAGGACAGCCCUAAGGCCAUAGCAUCUGGCACUACUGCGUACCACCUCCAGAGGGCGUUGCCAGGGGGCAUCGUGCUGAUGGAACUGGCUUUUCAGGGGUGUUACUUCUGUGUGAAGCAGUAUGCACUGGAGUGUUCCCGCAUCCCCAUGGGCCAGACAGUCAACUCCCAGGGCAGCCUCCUCACCAAACCUCGUUGCAAGCCGUUCCCAGAUGCCACCCCAGUAUCUGACUGUGCGCUCUCCAUGCUCUUCACUGAGGAGUGUGAUAAGGUGCGGGACCUGAUGCACGUUCACUCCUUCAGCUACGACUUCCACCUGCGAGUGGUUCACCAGUACCUGGUCGGCUGCCACAUGACGCUCCGCCAGGGCUACCAGCUCACCGACUUCCUGGACGACUUCAUCUCACAUCACCCCGAUAUUCCCAAGUUUGGACGCAACCAUGUCUUCCAAGGGAGCUUUUCCAUCACCACGGGGAUGAUAACGGCUCAUCAGCUCUACAACUACAUCACCGACCACGCCAGCACCUAUGGCAUGAAGCCGCUCCGCAUGUCCAAGGCUGCCGUCUCCACCGACAACAAGAAGGGUCCGCCUGACCUGCACGAGUACGCCCUGGUGGCUCUGUGGAACAGUUCGGGCUCUUACAAGGAUCUGGAGGGCCUGCACCACCACGAUGACUUUGACGUGUCCCUGGUGGUGUGCCAUAACGCCGCUCCAUUCGAGGAGCAGUCCGAUGGGGAGAGGCAUUUGUUAAGGUUGCGGUUCUACGUGAUCAUGACGAGUCAGAGAGAGCUCUUCCCCCGCCUCACUGCCGACAUGCGGCGCUUCAAGAAGCUUCCUCAGAUCCCCCGGGACCCCUCUGAGCUGGGGGGCCGGCUCCCCACAGACCAGGCAGAGGCUGGCGGAUCCCCUGGAGCCGAGCAGGACCUCUGGGAAGAAACACCGUCUGAAGCCGCGGCCGCCUCCACUCCCAGCGACGGAAACGAGUUCUACCCUCUAGCGGGGGGCGGGGCUGAGGCCCAGAGGCUGCUGUACCCCUCCCCUCUGUUCCCUCUGCUCAACAACGAGGUGCUGGCGGCCCGCAGACAGAUCCAGGCCAGCGUGGAGCAGGCCAUGGGCCACUGCCGUAGAGACAACCUGUGGAGGAGACUGUUCCACGGAGAGCACCUGGACAAGCUGAAGCUCACCAAGCUGUCCUUCAGCGAGCUGGAGGAGCUGCUGCAGGCGGUGCAGAGCCGCUCCGUGGGGGACAUCGACCCCCAGCUGGACUGUUUCCUGACCAUGAGUCCUGCCUGGUACCAGAGUCUGAUCCGGGUCCUGCUCAACCGCUUCCCUCAGAGCUGCAGACACUUCGACGACAACGGCAUCCAGUAUCUGGCUGUUCUGAACCAGAAGUUCACUGACUGCUUCGUGCUGGUCUUUCUCGAUGCCCAAGCUGGAAAAACGAGCCUAAAGGUUGUGUUCAGGGAGCCCCUGCCGUCACAGCAGCAGGCCGGCAGCAGCCCCCCCCCUCAACUGGUGUCCAUGUACCACCACCUGGAGUCUGUCAUCAACACCGCCUGCUACAACCUCUGGACGGGGCUGUUAUAGAGCACGGAUGGAAUCACCUACACCCAAACAGAAACAGGAGGCAGCGGAGGAAGACGAGGGGAGGGGAGUCCUCCUCCAGCAGCUCCACCUAUCCAUCAUAGAGCAGCAUGGAGGAGAGCCUCACAUGGGACAGUAAUGGAGCUGUGUGUAUGCAGCUCUUCCAGUGUAAAGGAUGCUCUCAAACCUAAAGGGAGCCAACAUAAACCCAAACACAAUCAAACCAUUAGGGGAAACAUCUGAUUCAAACAAAACGGCUCCUAACAUGUGUGCAGAAAACAUCUAUCCGCUAGCUCAAAAUUAGCCUUCAUCAUCUGAUAUACUUACUUGUUGCUAUGCAUAUACCAGUACGUCUUUAGAGAUAUACAGAAGUUAACCACUUGAUGGAUGCAUUGAUGGCACUUACACGUUUUGUUCAGCUGCAUAGUGUCCCCAUAUUAGCCAUGUUAGCCUAUCAACACGGUGGCAUGGCAGCGCGUCACGCGGGCUAAGCUAAAAGCAGCUAAUGUUUGCUGAGGUGAUGUUAAGAAGCCUUAUUUCAUUUUUAUUAGCAUAUUUAAUCUUCUAACACAUAGAAGCUUCUGACAUUUACGAGUGGGGUAUCUACUUGCGUUUUUUAUGUUGUCGAACAAAACGUGAACAUCUCUUCAGCCUGUAGCAAAUACAGAUCUUAUUUCAGUCACACAAAAAAACAUUGAUUUUAAGACAAGCCAACUGGAAGUGGUCAAAUACUCACUUAUUCCCAGGUUCUAGGGGCUUAUUCCUGUGAGGUAUUUGAGCCAAUUUCACUGAUGGAAGAGUCAAUGUCUGCACAGGGUUUCCCAGUGUAUCACAGCAGGGGCCUAGCACCUCUGCUCACGUCAUGUACAUUGAUUAAGUUAUGGAACAUAAAGCCUCAAGGUAAAUGAGCACAGCUGCAACAUAAUGCUGGAAAUACACUUUGGCUCAGGUUGAACUGUCCACAGGUAACGUCCUAUGUCUUCUUUCCUUGACCUUUAAGAGGUCAAAAAAGAUGUGAAGGAAGAUUCAAAAAUAAUUAAAAAAAUAUGUUUUCAGUUUAUCAUUCUAUUUUGUGUUUGUUAUUUGAUAGGCUGACUAAAGAUCCAGCUUGUGUUACGGAACCAAAAUGUCCUCAGUGGGAGCAGUUUGAUGGACGGGGUCCUCAGAGUUUUUGAUGUAUUAGGUCUACCUAAAGACCUCGAGCACACCGAGACGUUUAGGAUUUGGGAGUGUCCUGCAUUGUGCACUGACAUGUUCUGACACCAUGCUGUUGAAGGAGACAUGUUGGAGACACUGCUGUGUUUCUGUCUCUUCAAAUCUUUCACAGAGAAAUGCCUUCAAUGUAAAUCAGCAGUUUAGAUUGCUUGAAAAUCAUACUUAAUUCUGAGGUGUUUUCAACUGCACAUGUUUUGUAAUGAGUGUCGUUACUGGCCUGCAUUACUUUAGAUCUUGUGCCUUCUGAUAGCAUUUCGCUAGCUCUUCAUACCACAUCAGUGUUCUCUACAAGUGUGAGAGCUGGGGCGACUUUGAGUAACAUUUACAAAAGUGUCAAUCCCACUUGAACACCACUGCCAUAUAUCUGUUAUCUGAAGUGCCUUUUUUUCUCUUUUAUUUCAUUGUAUUCCCAAACGUAUGAAGUGAAACUGUUGUCGGCUCUGCAUAGAAGAUCUUGAUGUUGUGCAGUGAAUGUGACGGGAAGAUAAUGGGUAAUAUUAUCUUUGAUGAUUUGCAUAAUAGCAUGCCACAUGUCAUCAGAGGCGAGUGUUUCCAAAGUAUCUUUAGGAUGAUGAGUUGACUUGUGUUUUUUCUGAAACAGUGCGGCUGGUAAUCAUACCUCCAUUUACAAGAGGGCAUGAGGCCAGCAGGAUAAGAGUGUGAUUUUACAACGAACACUUGAUAUCCACCACAAUACCUUCAUUAAAGACACGCAGCCUUACAUUUCCACACAUUUUCACAGGAAGAAAACCAAAUGUCUGAGCUUAUUUGUGGACGUAAAAUGAAGAAACAUCAAGCAAAGUAGUUCUCACUGCUUCCAAUAAUGAGUCUGAAUGUUAAACACUGGAUAUCCAUCACGCAAAAUGUGAUCGAGUUAGCAUUUGUACUGUAUUAUAAACAAUGCACCCUCUUACUGUAUAAUGUAAUUUAUGUAUAUACGAAACACUUUAUACAGUAAAUGAAAUGCUAAAUAAAGCAGUAGGAUGACUGAUAA